AUGUUUUUCGUAGCGUUAAAAAUAAAAUUAGUAAUAUUUGGACGUCACUAUCUUGGUGUCCCCCUCCCGUGUCAGCUCGUAAUGAAAUGGUCCUGCAUUUUUAAACCAAUCACAAGAGCGAACUCGAGUGGGUGUUUAAACUUCACAGAGAAGUGGCUUGCUGUGUACAGAAUGACAAAGAAGUUGGUAAUCAUCGAUACAGACUGCGGCAUAGACGAUGCACAGGCCAUAAUGAUGGCCUUGGCGGCGCCCAACCUGGAGGUCCUGGCCUUGACCUGCGUGUUUGGGAACGCGGCGGUGGAAAACGUGUGUCAGAACGUGUUGAGGGUUCUCUCUGUCUGUGAGCGCCAGGAGAUUCCAGUGUUUCAAGGAUGUGCUGGUCCCCUUAUUGGAGUCAAUAAUCCAUUUAGUGACCACUUUGGAGGUGAUGGACUUGGGGAUGUGAUAGAGGACAAAGACCCUCAGUGGAAGGAGAAACUUCAUCCGGAGCAUGCUGUCAAUGCAAUGAUUAGACUGGCUUCUGACUAUGAGAAGCAGGUCUCCCUGGUGGCUCUUGGCCCGCUCACUAAUCUGGCACUUGCUGUCAGACUGGAUCCACGUUUUCCCCAAAAGCUCAGAGACCUCUUCAUCAUGGGUGGCAACAUCGAGGGAAAGGGCAAUAUGACACUUUGUGCAGAGUUUAACUUUGCAACGGAUCCAGAGUCGGCCUACAUUGUUCUGGAGGAAUUCCUCUGCCCUACCUAUCUUGCUACAUGGGAAUACUCAGGAAGAAAUGCUCUGACUUGGGAGUUCUUUGAAGAGCUUAUCAAUCAGGAUGCCCCGGCAGCCCGCUUUAUGAAGAUGGUAACAUCCAAGUGCUGGGCCUACUCCAAAGAGGCGAUGAAGAAUAAGAGAGACAUGUACUUUGGGCCUGGCUUUGUCUCUUAUGAUUCCUACGCCAUGGCAGCCUGCAUCGACGGCAGCAUGGUGCUGGAGAGCAUUGAGUGCCCUGUGCGUGUGGAGCUGCAGGGCUCCAUGACCCGCGGCAUGUUAGUGCUGGAUCGCACAAACUCUCUGAAGAAGAGCCACACUGUGAGUGUCAUGUCUAAAUGUGAUGUGGCCAAGUUUGGUCAGCUUCUAAUGGAGUCCCUCAGACAACCAUAGAAGAAGUAA